AUGCAUCGCGCAACUCGAGGGGACUGGCGCAGCACGAGUGAAGACGAGGACAGGGACGCUUCAAGCCGCCCUCACGCAGGUCAUGUUCAGGCAGACCACCGCUUUGCUCGUGGCCAUCACCGCCAUGACCAGCGUCACCGCCAGCGCCGCUACAACCCGCGGUGGUACACGCAAAGCAGGCAAAGCGGCGGCAGCAGCAAAAGCGACACCCCAAUCCAGGACACGCUGGCGGCCAUGAGGCAGGCCGAGGCGGAUGCUGAUGUGCAGCAGGACGGCUGCAAGAGCCUGGGAAGCAUUGCGUAUCACUGUAACAACAUUCACACGCAUACGCUCAUUGUGAGAGAGGGCGGCAUUGAAGCGGUGGUGCGUGCAAUGCGCAGGCACGCCGACAACGCCAGUGUGCAGUACUUUGGGUGCUCCGUGCUGCAGACGCUGGCCAUCAACAGCAAAGACGAGCGGAUGAUGUCGUUUCGUCAGAGGCAGCGCAGCAGCUCGAGCGACAACGCAAACAGGGAUGCUGCUGCCACCGCUGGUGCUCGUGAUGGCGCGUCUGCCGCUGACCCGCGGCAAGCCAUCAGAAACAGGCUGCUGGAACAAGGCGCUGUUGCGCUGGUCGUGACGGCCAUGGUCAGGCAUCAGCACAACGUGGGCAUCCACCGGGCAGCGUGCGCGGUGCUGAAGGGCCUGACAAUUGUUCGCAACACCUUCAGGAUCAUGGUUGACGCGAGCGCCAUCGAGGCUGUUGUUGGUGCAAUGAGCCGGUUCGUGGGCGACACCGACGUGCAGUGCAGUGGCUGUGCUGUCCUGCGAAACCUGGCUGCGGAAGCCCACCUCGCAUUUUAA